CAUCUUGUGACGGUCAACUAUUCUGGUACGUUCUAUGGUAGCUGUUGUAAGAACUACGCCUACCAGUGAAGAUGCCUGACUUUUGUGCAGCCUACGGAUGCUCUAAUCGCCGUAGUCUCAAAACGAGAACCCGUGGGAUCACCUUUCACCGGUUUCCCAAAACCGGAGAGAGGAAGAGGCAGUGGGAACUUGCCCUAAGAAGGGAUGGUUUUGUUGCCUCUGGCAGGACAGUGCUCUGCAGUGAGCACUUUAGGAGUGAGGAUUUUGACAGGACGGGGCAGACUGUCCGGCUUAAAGAUGGUGUUGUGCCAACAAUUUUCAACUUUCCAGCUCAUCUUCAAAGGCCGAUAGCAACAAGAAGCACAACCACUGCUAGAAGAGCGGAAGACAACCUGCCAAUGGACUUGUCUCAGGAUGAACCUCAGCCUGAUGUUCAACAGGGAGCCACUGGAGAGAGGCGAAAGAGCCGCAAGCGGCAGGCCACUGACCACCUAUACGCAUUGCCUGCUUGCCCCAAGGCUAUAAAGGCCAACCUUGAAGCCCCAUCUCUCCCCACCUGCCCCUGCUUCCUACAUCCCCUCCACACCACACCAAGUUGUUCUUGGGCUUUUUUCGACUACAGGAACUCAGCGCACCGUGCUGUGUAG